AUGUCUCAUCAGGAUUCUCAUCAACAUCCCGACGAUGCGCAAGAUGUAGAUCACCACGAGGAAGACUCGCCGCUUCUGGAACGCCAAGAUGAAGCAUCAUCCACCUCGUCCCAAGAAACCCUCUCUAUAGCCACACUGUUAGUCCUGACUUGCAUCAAUGGCGGCUUGCAGGUCUUCUUCUCCACCGUCAUGGCCAAUCUCGCCGUAGGUCGUGCCCUGCAGAAGACUCCAUCCCCAGCACUGACUCCGCUCGCAGCCCUACCUGCAGAAACUCGGCCUUUCCAAAUCCGCAACAUCAGCCAUUGUCAUCGCUCUCCCCCUCUCAGGCGCUUUCGUAGGCCCCAUAUCCGGAGCCUUCAGCGAUCGUCUCCCCACAAGAUGGGGUCGCAGGAGACCCAUCAUCCUCGGUGGCACCUUGCUAGCAAGUGCUUUCCUCAUCCUCCUCGCUUGGACGGAACAGAUCGUCAAGCUAGCUGGCGGCGAGGACGUUUCCCAGUCACCAAUCAUUGCUCUGGCUGUGAUUUGGACCAUUCUCCUCGCGAUUUCUGUCCAGCCGGUGCAAGCAGGUGUUCGGAGUCUGAUGGUAGACAUCGCACCGGCGAACCAACAGAGCCGCGCGAGUUCCUGGGCGGGAAGAAUCCAGGGCGUGUCUGCGAUUUUCAGUUUCUUUGCUAGUUCGCUGCAUCUCCCUAGCCUACUCGGACUGGGACGACUCACACAGUUCCAAGCGCUGGCUGCUUUGAAUUUGAUAACGCUGGGAUCUACCGUGUUGACGACCUGCAUCUUCAUCCAGGAGAAGGAUUCUCGCAGACUGGAGAUUGGAAAUGGAGGAAAUCAGGAUAGUGUCAUGACGGUCAUGAAACAUAUCUUCCGCACUGUGAAAGGGUUGCAGGGAAAGAUACGACGGACUUGCGAGACGCAGUUUUGUAGUUGGUUCGCUUGGUUUCCUUUUCUCUACUACAAUACGACGUAUAUCGGUGAGCUUGGUAAGUCAAAGCCACAGCACACAAGCGGCGUCCACUACUAAUCGACUCCCAGCCACACCGGACACGUCCACCAAACCCUCAACAACCACGCAAGACGACGGCAACGAACUAGCCCAAGCCGGCUCCCUCGCAAGCCUGAACUUCGCAAUCGUAGGCUUCAUCAUGAUCACCCUCCUCCCCUGGCUCCUCCCCUACAUCACCCGCUUCCUCCACACCCGCAAAAGAACCCAAUCCCCCGAAUCUUCCUCUUCCUCCUCCUCCUCCUCCGACCUCCGCGAUCUCAUCUCCCUCUGGAUAACCACCCAACCCCUCCUCGGCCUCCUCCUCCUCCUCACCCUCGCCGCAGCAUACCAAUGGCAAGGCAUCAUCCUCAUCGCCCUCGCGGGCGUCCCGUGGGCCGUGACGCAAUGGGUUCCGUUCGCCAUUGUAGGCUACGAGACUUCGAAGCUAGGGCUCACGGGUGACGACGAAGGGGAUGCCAGCGGCUCGGGCGCGAUUAUGGGGGUUCAUAAUAUGGCCAUCUCGCUGCCUCAGGUUCUCUCGGGACUGGUUAGCAGUUUGACGUAUUUGGUUGCCGAGAAGGCCGGGAGUGAGGUUCCGACCGCUUGGGUGUUGGCUUCGAGUGGCGUUGCUGCGUUUGUGGCGGCCGGGUUGGCGAGGAGGAUGUUGUAG